AUGGAGGAAUCUUCGGCCGUCGAGGUCGCCGCGACGGCCACGAACGUCGCCGUCGCCGUCGUCGCCGUGCCGGCGAACAACGACCACCCGCAGUGCGAGCUGUGCCAGCGGUAUGCUGCGUUCGAACUCCUCGUCGUCGCGUUGAGCGUCGCGUAUUGGGCGCUCGCGGUCUACGCGCUCCACGCGCCGACGGUCGUCGCGGGCAUCUUCCUCGGCACGCUCUUCCCCGGCCUGCUGCUCUCGCUCCACGUGCUGAUGUCGUCGUCGAGUCGCGUCCACGUGAACCGGGGGUUGGACGACCUCUCGGAGGCCAUGGGCGACAAGUCGUGCGCGCCCGCGGCGAUCUCGGCCCACUGGGUCACGUCGCACGUCGCCAACGUCGUCGUCUGGGUUCUGACGACGCUCUUCGCCGUCGCGUGGUCCGUCUACGCCUACGUCGCGGGCCGCGUCCGCUCGCCGAUCGGCGUCGCCUUCGUCGCCGCGGCGCUGCUCUUCAUCCUCUUCUACCGCCGGGCCGCGCGCGUCGGCCAGCGCUGCAAGCCGACGUCUCGACCCUGCGACGCGACCGUCCAACCCGCGGACGCGGAGGGCGUCAGCAUGGUCGCCGUCGCGACCGCGGCGGAGGACGCGCCGGACGUCGCGACCGCGGCGCCGGCGCCGCCGCCGGGCCACGCCCUCCAGAACCGCCGCUUCUUCCGCUUCGCGUGCCUCGGCGCGGACCUGCACGCCGAGGCCUGGGAGCCGCCGUCGACGCCGCAGGGCACGCUCUACCACUCGCACGGCGUCUGCGAGAGCAACCACACCGUGACCGUGCAGCGCCUCGCGCGCGCCUGCGUCGACGGGGGCUGGCGCCUCGUGUCGCUGGAGCACGAGGGCCACGGCCUGUCGAGCGGCGCGCGCGCCGUCUGCGCCGACCUGGGGCGCUUGGCGGAGCACCUCGCGGCGUUCGUCGCCAAGGAGCUCGACGCGCGGCCCGCGGGCGAGCCCUGGGCGCUCAGCGGCCACUCCAUGGGCGCCGUCGUCGCGCUCUACUCCGCCCACCUCCCCGCGCUCCGCGACCGGCCCGCGCGGCGCGGGCUCGCGCUGCUCGCGCCGGCCGUCGGCGUCGACGCGCGCGCGGUGCCGCCGACGGUCGUCGUCGGCGCGCUGCGGGCCUUUAGCUGGCUCGCGCCGGCGUCGAACUUCGGGAUGACGCCGCGCGAGGAUCCGCGCGUCUACGCCGUGCCCGCGGACAGCGACCGCAACUACAGCGGCUUCUGGCCGCUGGCGACGUCCCGCGCGCUGCUCGACGCGACGUCCGGCGGCGUCCUCGAGGACCUCGCGUCGGGCGCGCUCGCCGUGCCGGACCGCCUGCUCGUCGUCCACGGCCGCCGGGACACCGUCGUGCCGCUGAAGGCCGUCGCGGCCUUCGUCGAGGCCGCGGGCAAGCCCGUCGGGGAGACGCUCCUCGCCGUGCCCAAGGCGGGCCACGACCUCACCGUGGACCCGUCGACGGGCGGCGACGUCUGCGCGCGCGCCGUCGCCUUCGUCGACACGCCCCCGACCUAA